GCCAAUCAAGCUCGCCAUCUUCAGUUGACAGACUGCCCAAAUUCAGUCAGAAGAAAAUAAAGGAAUUGGCUUCCAAGAGUCAGUUGAACCCACACGCUCCCGAUUUCUAUUCCUACAAAUUCCAACAAAAAACUGAAAGUAAUUCCACGAAAACAUCAACACGCCAAGCUGUUAACAAGUUUAGAACGCAAUUGAGUGAACUGCAGAACAAUCAUUUGUCUGAAAAUAAUGCUAGAAGAGCAUCACAGAUCGAUUUGCCAUCAGGAAUUAAAUGUUUUGCGCUUAAUACAAGUACUUUCACCUACCAAAAUGAAGCUUGUUGUGAAGAUUUGCUUGAUCAAAUGGGGAGUUGUAACCAACUAUUUAAUGGCGAAAUCUUGGCUAAUUUAUCAAACGAAUUUCCUGAUGGAGUUGUUCUGAAUGGUGAUGCAGGCGAUUACACCGUGGACGAUGUUUAUGAGAAUGAACGUCUGGUCACUACAACUGAUUAUCAGUUUGCAGAACGUGAUGUGCGGCAUGACCAUCUACUGCACUGGCCACAGCAGCAACAACAACAGCCAUCAUCUGAGCAAGAACGGCGAGUUGGGAUCUGGCAGCAGGGAGAACUAACUGACGGAGAACGCCAGUUGUGGUCGGAACACAUGAAGAAAUUGCUAAAAAUCGAGCGUCAACAUGGAGGUGAAGAGAAGCAGCAUCAUCGCUUGGAAGAAGAAACGCAGCCUGGUUACUGGAUGAACUACAUUCAUCCGCAACUGCUCAAAAGUGUUGAGAACGAAGGUGAGAAGGGAUAUGAAAGCAGAGGUGAUGAUGAUGAUGGUGGCGACAUGGAAGAAAACUUAUUGCCAAUAACACUUCCAGACAGUAAUCGAACCGAACCACCGCGUAUAACAGCGCGAGACAUGGCACUUCUAGCAACUGAGCUAACUCGCCGACCCACGUUUGUAUAUUCUUUAUUGAACAACUACAUUUCAUCUGAUGAAUCGCGAUCAAACAAACCCGUAUCACUAUUCUCCGUACCGGAAAUUGUUGAACCUUUGUUAUCUAUCUGCCAGUUCUUACUUCCAAUCCUCAUUUUCUGCUACUAG